AUGGGACUUACCGGAGUGGAAGAGCGUAUAAUGACAGACGACCGACACGAUUCAAAUCUGGGAAGAUUUGCAAAUUCACUCAGCAAUAAUGUUAGUCAAUACGAAGGACAGUCUUCGUCAGCGUAUCAACGACAACAAGAACAAGGAAUAUGUAACUCAAAGACUGACAGCUUCAUACGUUUUGGGUCUCAUAUAGUUCUGAAGCACAAUGCCACCGGACAGCUCUUGUCAAGCCAUCCCGUAAAUUAUAGAGCGGGUUCUAAACAGCAGGAAGUAUUUGCUUGUUGUUGGCCUCCGGACGAGGGUCACUAUUGGAUCAUUCUUCCCGCAUUCGGAGAAAAACGAAAGGUUGCCGAUGUAAUUUCGUAUAAUACACCAGUACGCCUGCGACAUAAAAUAACGCGUCGAAAUCUACAUUCGCAUUCCGAUGUUGCAUCACCAAAGACAAAUCAACAAGAAGUGACCUGCUUCGGCGAUGAUCAAAUCAGUGAUAUCAAUGACAACUGGCUUGUUCAACGACAUUCGUAUACCAAUAACUAUGACAAUUCUGGUUACUGGAUGGUUAAUGAUGUUAUCACCCUACGUCAUAUACAAACCGGAGCUACAUUACACAGUCACAACAUUACUUUGUAUGAUGACUUGCAAGAAGUGACAUGUUUCGGACCUGGGCACGAAGACAAUGACAAGUGGAGUGUCGAAAUAGUUGACUUUCCUUAA